AAUAACAUUGUCAUUUUCCUCAUGUGACAGAUACAAACAUUCCUGAGCUCCUCCUAACUGCAUGAAAACACCUGUAUGAAUUGUGAAAUUUAACUGAUGCUGGAGUCAAUAUAAAGCUGGAGAGAGACCUAGCAAACAACAGCAGGACAAGGCACUUGUCAAGAACAUGUUCUGGAUCAUUAGCUUUUUCGCUUUGGUGGCUUCCACUCAAGGAUGUGGGGUGCCUCAACUUCAGCCGUUUGGUAUUGCUGACAUGAGUAGGGACAACUUUCCAACUGUACUUGGGGCAAUUGGUAUUAUUAAUGGAAGGGAAGCAAACCCUUGGCCAUGGCAAGUCUCUUUCCAGACUUCCAGAGGUGAGCACGUCUGUGGUGGUACCCUGAUCAACAAUUUUUGGGUCCUCACUGCUGCCCACUGUCUAAUUAAGCCUAGAAAUCAUUUUGUUGUCCUUGGACAGACUGACCGUGGCUCCAAAAAGGAACCUAUUCAGAUCAAGAAAAUUGCCAAGGUCUUCACCCAUCCCGAUUACAACAAACAGAUCAAAUUUAACAAUGAUGUUACACUAGUGAAAUUGUCCAGUCCAGUGCAAAUGACGUCCCAUGUCUCUCCCAUCUGUCUGCCUGGCUCCUCCUCCACCAUCCUCCCUGGGACUAUUUGUGUCACCACUGGCUGGGGCAAAACUGAAACCGAGUUGACUCCUCGGUUAUUGCAGGAGGCAGAGUUGCCGAUAGUGAGUCAGGCUCAGUGUAGGCUAAAAUUUGGUCACAAACAAAUCACUGAUGCCAUGAUCUGUGCUGGAGGCUCUGGAGUCUCAUCUUGCCAGGGUGAUUCUGGUGGUCCUCUGAUGUGUGAGAGUUCGGGUGUUUGGUAUCAGGUUGGCAUCGUGUCCUAUGGCAAAGACUACUGCGAUGUUAACAUUCCACAAGUUUACACCCGUGUCUCUUAUUUUCGCAAAUGGAUUGAUGCAAUUGUUAAAUUCAACUAGGGCACCAGCAAGAGUAUUUACCCUCCAGAGGACACACAAGUCAUACAUUUUAUCUCUUGUUGUUCACUGAUUCUGGUUCUCAUGUGUCUGAACAUUUAGCCAUUAGUCAAGGUUUCCUGUUAUCAAAACAUUUUUUAUGAUGCUAUCGUUUUGAAAACUGAAAAUAUCUCAUGACGAUGCCAAUUCAAUUAUUAAAAACACUUAUGUAUCCACAAUGUAUUUGUUUUCAUCUUUUUGUAAUUAAUUGUAUUACACUUG